AUGCACUUCAGCAAGAUAGCCGGGUUGGCUUUGAGUCUUACAAUUCCCGCUGCCGGAAUCUCCGUUCCUCGAAGUCCGGUUCCUGAGCCCGCAUCCCCAAUAGUCUCGAAGUUGUUCUGUGACGUUGUGCGUGGGCUCGUUACUGUCGCAAAACAGCAAUCUCAGGCCACACCCUUCUGCUCUUCUUACCUCAAGAUCCCUGCAGUAACGAAGACUUCCACAACAACCUCCUUUACUGCAACCAUCACGCAGACUAACACAGUCACGUCUGGAUCUAUCACGACUACUGACGCGACCGUUACGGCUACUGAAGAUGCGACCCAAACCGAGACCGCUUUGGCGACUGUUACGGAAUUUACCACAAUAGUAGUAACCAGUACCACGGUCUCUCGUACUACGAGCUACUACCCCGGGUGUUUAACCGCCCGAGCGGAGCAAAAGCGAGCGGCUGCUGUUGCCACAAAGAAGCCUACAUGCCUCGCGAACUAUAUCGAAGGUCAGGCUCUUAGCUCGGCUUGCAAAUGUCUCUCCGUACCUACCUCCAGCACAACUUGGACGGCAGUCGUAAACAUUCCCGCAACUACAACAACUUCAGUCACAGUACCCAGAACAGUUGUCGCUACUGCGACCAUAACGCAAACCAACACUGCUACAGCCACUAUCACGAACACCGCGACGGUGACUUCCACAACCGUCAUGCAGACAACUGUAACAAGAAUUCAGAGUGUAAUUGUUCUCUGUUAG